AUCGCAAGCAGUCGCUUGCCACGUAGCCACCAGAAGCUAUUUGCGCAAAUUUGCGUCCAAUCCGGGAACCAAGGACGCGUUCGGAAAAGACUCCGCACGAGUUCAAGAGUGUUUUGCCCGAGUUUGCUGUUCGGAAACUCAGAGUCCACCUAAACGGAGUGCCAGUGUGCGCACUCGGCGCCCCGGCUUGGCGCUAGUGCUGGCUGCUUUCGGAAAUGAGCGGAAGUAGACCGCGCUGUGCCUUUUUAAUCUCAGUGCGAAUUUCCCAGCGUAUUCGAGAAGUCACAGGUGACCCAUCCCUCGCACGGAGAACUCGAUCCGAAUAACGUUUUGGCGCCGUUUGCAGUCACUCGAAGUCGUUAUAUUAGACGUUUAACGACACUUGUUCCUAGCUGCCGCUAACGGUUUAUUUGGCGCUGUUUUCAGAGCUUAUAGCUGCUGUUAGCCUAGCCGCUCGUUCGCGUGCUAGCUGGAGGGCCUUUGCGAUGGAAGGCAAACAAGCAAAGCGAUCGCAGGCGGACGAAAGCCAGCAGCCGUCGCCGUGGAACUUGAUGAUUAAACACAGACACGUUCACAGGAGAGGACGACGCUCGCACAUGGCCGUCAGUUAUACAGACCCACAGGUGUCCAUGGACCUCCUGAGAGCGGUCCUUCAACCCAGCUUCAACGAUGACAUCAUGGCCGUGUUCCGAAAAUACCACACGUUCUUUGAGAAGGCGGCGCAUAACGUGAAGGAGAAUAUUGGUGACGAGGUGCACGCAGAUCAGCUCAUCAAGGAAGCAUGCAGGAAUGUUCUGGAACAUGCCAAAGUUUUGUUUGCCGAAAGUGAGGCAAAGAAGCCGAGUUGCGAGGUCAGCGUCAAGCGUCCUCGAGGUUGCGAAGAAAGCAGCAGCCAGAGGAGCAGUCCGGUCCACAAAAAGAGGAAGAACCGCACAAGCGGCGCCGUAGCGUCUGACCGAUCAUUGAACAUCUCCGCUCACGUGAAGGCAAAGUGUGAAGCCAUCAAGAAAGAAGGACCAAAGUGGGAGCCGUCCAGACUGAAUGAAAGCAGCACUUUUGUUUUGGGGUCCAGAGCUAACAAGGCAUUGGGAAUGGGCGGGACCAGAGGACGAAUCUACAUCAAACAUGCUGACCUCUUCAAGUACGCGGCGGACACCAGGGACAAGCAGUGGCUGGCCGAGCGUCAUCACAUGAGGGCGACGGGCGGCAAGAUGGCCUACCUGCUUAUCGAAGAGGACGUCCAGGAUCUGGCGCGCGGUGACGAUUACAAGGACUGCCCGGAUGUGAAGUUGGAGGAGAUGAAGCCCUUCUCUGUUCCUCUCUGGAUGGUGGAGAAAAUGCAGAGGGCCAUGGAGGCGCAGAGGGACACGGAAUUCUGAAGCGCAAGUUGCCAGAUCCUCCAUGUGUAUUAAAAAACAAAAGCCGAAAUGUCAAAAGUCGCUUGUGCUACUCCAAGUGUGUGCGUCUCGGGCUCCCUCUAGUGGUAUGAAUGCAAAGAAUGAAGCCACCAUUGCUGUUGGAAACCCGUGUGAUUCGAUGGUGAGCGGAUGUGGUGGUAUGUGCGUGUGUGUGUAGGGGCCUCUUAAGUGCACUCAUAUCUCUGGAGCGGCUCUGGAGCCACGGGUUGCCAACCCCUGCCCUAGGGGUUCGGUAGAGCCUCCACUGCGGAGGGCCAAACACACCUGAUUUUUCGUGUAAAUUCGUGAUUACGCAUAUCCAGUGGCGGGCCGUGCAUUUCACACCUAGGCCGUCAGCAGUGCUCCGUCUGAAUCAAUCCAACCCUCAAUAACUAUUUUAUGUCUAUAAAACUUCUACUGCAAGUACAGCUGUGACACACAUAAAAAAGCAUAAAAAAUAACCUGAUAAAAUUGCAAUAUUAUUUAGGAAUAGAGCAACAUUUUACUCACCAAAAUUCCUGAUUAUUUGUACACAAAAUCCAUCCUUUCUUUCUUCAAGAAGAUUUCAAUUACUCUGUUGUGCAGAUUAUCCAUGCGUUUCAUUUCCAUCAAGAAGUCCUUUUCUAUUGCCAUCGAAGCUAAUGCUGAAAGUCGAGCCUGCCCUGUCAUAUUUCUGGCAUAAGUGUAAAUCCGUGUUGCUCUCAGCAAUGAGAGAAAGAAGCGACGCAUAGUUUCCUCUGUUUUUGGAUCCAGCGCUUUGGCUUUCAUUGAGCCCCCGAAUUGAAAGUUCCUGCUUGCUUCAAAAAA